AUAUAUAUACAUAUGUGUAUAUAAAAUUCUUAUCUACGUUAGUUGGAAUAAAUUCCAUGAGAGGAGCUACAUUGAGAAAAUAUUUGAAGCUCAUAGAGUUCAAGAUUGCAGCAUUUCUGUUAGUGGUAACCGAAGUGAAACAUAAAACGGAUAUCGCAUGUUAUCAAAGAUAGCGCGCGAGUUUUGUCCCUUGUCUUGUUGCAGUCGGUGGUCGAAUUCGCAUCUCGUGCCUCUUUGUCUGCUGCUGCUGUAAUUCACGUUCUUGGUUUUCGAGUAUAUGUGUAAGGACACAGUCAUUCCUAGGUGAAAUUUUGUUUAACUCGUUUCGAAUAAUCAAUACGAUUGCAUUGUGAUAAAUAAUCAUUUAAACGAAAAUUAAAGAAAAAAUAAUCAACAACAAAAUGUCGUACGCAAUAGUACUUUUGACUAUUUCGUGUCUCUGCACCGGCUUGACUUAUGGAAUGGAAUGUUCGCUUAAUAGUCAAAAGAGUUACCUUGAAAAAUUAGUGACCACUUGUCCAGCAUUAUGGAAUGAUGCAAGUAAAUCUUAUUGUUGCUAUGAUUUUUCAAAUGAAUAUUAUUACUGUUGUACUCAGGAAGAAUUUGCUAUGAAAAUGGGGAUUGGAAUCAUCGUACCUGUUGUUAUUGCUGCCUGUAUUAUUAUAUCAUUAAUAGUUUGUUGCAUAUGUUGUUUAUGCUGCAGCUGUUGCCCAUGGUAUCGUCGACGUCAUCAAGGCACCGUUUAUGGCAUACAAACACCAAGUGUCGUUCAAGUGGUACAAACUCCAGCAAAUCUUCCUCAACAACUACCUAAUUAUGUCAAUCAAGCACCGUAUCCACCAGUUACUGCUGUUGGAGGUAUGCCACAGCCACCACCAGCGUAUACCAUUGAACCUUAUGCCAGACAAGCACCGUAUAAUCCUGGAUACGUACAAUAAUACCAAAAAACAUAAUUGAUCUACUUGCCAAUAUGUUUAAUAUUAAGUCUAAACUUAUUUGUUACCUUCAAUGUCAAUAAUUGAAAAAAAAAAGGAAUAUAAGUCUUCGAAUGCCAUCAAAAAAAAAAAAAAAAAAGGUUCACAUUUUGUACUACUAUUAUUAAAUGAAAUAUGGAUUUUAUAUCUGUUGAAUGUUGGAACAAAUCUGCCAUGGAAACAUAUUUUCAAAAAGAAUAUUAUCUCAUAAAAUAUAAUUAACCCUUUGAAUAUGCCAAAUACAUUUGGUCAAAGUUCUUUCUAGGAACGGAAUAUUUUAUCGCUAGUGUGAGGUUCAAUUGAUUGAUUAUGCUAGACGCAGCUAACAAGGGUUAAUUGUAUUUUCAAACAAUCAUUUUCAUUCUAUUAAAUAUACAUAAAUAAUGUUGAAACUAUUUUCAUGCUGUGUUAUAUUAAGAUAUAUAUAUAUAUAUAAUAUAUAUAUCUCGUUUUAAAUAUAUGGCGAUUAUAUAAUACGA